UGCCAGCACGGCGUCAGCUAGCGGCCCGCGGCCGCGGGGACUUCUCGCCAAGUGACUUACCUUCAAGGAAAUUGGGCAUUCGGAAAGUUGGGAGCUCCUAGGAACAUGGCGAACCUUCUGAAAACAGUGGUGACUGGCUGUUCGUGUCCUUUCCGUAGCAGUUGGGGGUCCUGUAAGGUUCUACCUGGGAAGAAGGAUUUUUUACGAACAUUUCAUACUCAUCAGGCGCUGUGGUGUAAAGCCCCUGUAAAACCAGGAAUUCCAUAUAAGCAACUGACUGUUGGGGUCCCCAAAGAGAUUUUCCAAAAUGAGAAACGAGUGGCGCUGUCUCCUGCUGGCGUUCAGGCCUUGGUCAAGCAGGGUUUUAAUGUUGUUGUGGAAUCGGGUGCUGGUGAAGCUUCCAAGUUCUCGGAUGAUCACUACAGAGCAGCAGGUGCCCAGAUCCAAGGGGUGAAGGAAGUGCUGGCUUCUGAUUUGGUGGUCAAAGUAAUUAUUCCUUUCCUCCUCCCAUUUAUGGCAUGCUGACCUUUUGAAUCUUCUUGUAGAAAGAUUAGUUUUUCUCGUCAUCGCUUUUCAUAUUUUCAAACAAUGACUUUUUCUUAAAUGGUUGCGUGUUGUGAAUAUUCAUGUUCCAGUAGUACUUUUAUCAAGCAAGGUGACCUAUAUUUAUUUAACCAUGAGAAGAGAAGUGAUUAUCCUUUUUACAUUGCUAUGUGGAAAUUUACUUCUUACUGGCUAGGGCAGAUUUGCACUCUAUCAUUCGUAUGUGUCCAAAAUAACCCCAAGGGAGUAUUUAAUUGCUACUGGAAUGGAAGGAAGGUAUGGAGCUCUUCCUGUGAUUGAAUGUACCUUCUUCUGAUACCUUGAAGAAACAGUGAUGUCGCUGAUAUUAAGUGCGGUCUCUAGAGAGGGCGGAACUAUUCUGACAAAAGCAAUGUUGGGUCUAGUGGCAAGUAGCCUUACCUACUUUAAUAAAAGGUCUUAAAAUAAUGUAUAAUAGAGAUCUGUAUGUUAAAGAAUUUUACAAAUAAAAUAUGGAGUAAAAAAUCCUAUAGAGAAGGGGAGGGAGACUGUAUCAAGAGGGAAACAUUGAUAAUUACUAGAGCCAAACAUUAGGUUAAAUCUUUUGUUUUUAAUUACCCAAUGAAUUUUAUUACAUUGUAGUUGGAACAUUAGCUUAAAUCUUAAGCCUUCUAUAACCAAGGCAAGUAGGGAAGAAUGGAUUAAAUUAGCAUGAUUAUCGGGUUAAAAUAUGCUUCUCAGUUUUUCAAGAUAGACCAGCUUUUUUUUGGCAUUAAUUUCUAAGGGGAAAUCAAUCACUUUUUUUUUUUUAACAUACAGUCCACUGAAUAACUUCAUAGGGUCAUAAAUGGUGGUUUUUUCCAGGAGGCACAAAACUUUUCUUAAAAUAGAAAAUUAAUAAUAAAAUUUAUGCCUUGGAGCUAAGUAAUAAUUUAGCUUGGGUUUUAAACUAUUUAGAUAUAAGGAUACUUGGUGAUAUAAUCUGAUAUAAUAAAAGAGCUUAGGGAAAAUAGAAAUAAGUAUAAUCCAUUCUAAUGUAUGUUCUAGGGAUCAAAACCUUUUGAGUUGUCCCACAAAAAAGGAUUGGUAGGGUGCACAUAGGUGUUAGAAAUGCUCUAAGUUCCUUUUAGAGAUGCACAAUGUGUAUGAGCAUGUAAAGGGCACUGAGGGAUCCUGUAAUACAGAACCUGAUAUAACUUUAUACUUGAACUAAUAAACUGCUUAACCUUGGGCCUCUUUUUUUGAGUCAAGCCUCUUAAUAGCCUAAGGAACUAGUGAUCCACAAAGCACCUGCAAGGAAACGCUCUUUUGGCUUAACUCCCUCAGAUGCCAACAGUCUCAGCUGAGCAUUUAUUUGAUAGGGGCCAGGUGAAUUAAUUCACAGUUGUCCUCUAAUUUUCAUUAAAUCUAUAUUAUAGAUUCUCACUGAGGAAAAAUAGACCUUGUCAGAGAGUCUUAAUUAAAGUCCAGAACUUAAGAUCUCAUGCACUACCAGAUCAACAACUGAAAUGGGAGUAGCAGAUAAAGGUGUCUCAUAGGUGCGAGCCCCUAUGCUUAAUCCAACAUUAGGUGUUCAUGAAGCUGACCUUCUAAAAACAUCGGCAACCUUGAUUAGUUUUAUUUACCCAGCCCAAAAUCCAGACUUGCUAAAUAAACUUUCCAAAAGGAAAACUACAGUUCUGGCGAUGGACCAAGUUCCAAGAGUCACAAUUGCUCAGGGAUAUGAUGCACUAAGCUCCAUGGCCAACAUUGCUGGUUAUAAGGCUGUUGUACUAGCAGCAAACCAUUUUGGACGGUUUUUUACUGGUCAGAUCACAGCUGCUGGAAAAGUUCCUCCUGCUAAGAUUCUGAUAGUUGGUGGAGGUGUCGCUGGGCUCGCUUCUGCAGGUGCAGCAAAGUCAAUGGGUGCGAUUGUUCGGGGAUUUGACACAAGGGCUGCAGCUUUGGAGCAGUUCAAGUCUCUGGGUGCUGAGCCCUUAGAGGUAGACCUGAAGGAGUCUGGCGAGGGACAGGGAGGAUAUGCAAAGGAGAUGUCUAAAGAGUUCAUUGAGGCCGAAAUGAAACUCUUUGCCCAGCAGUGCAAGGAGGUGGACAUCCUUAUCAGCACGGCCCUUAUUCCAGGUAAAAAAGCUCCUGUCUUAUUUAAUAAAGAAAUGAUUGAGUCCAUGAAGGAAGGUUCAGUUGUUGUGGAUUUAGCUGCUGAGGCUGGCGGAAACUUUGAAACCACCAAGCCGGGAGAGCUUUAUGUUCAUAAGGGAGUAACUCACAUAGGCUACACAGACCUUCCCAGCCGCAUGGCUACUCAGGCCAGCACCCUGUAUUCCAACAACAUCACCAAGCUCCUGAAGGCCAUCAGCCCUGACAAAGAUAAUUUUUAUUUUGAAGUGAAAGAUGACUUUGACUUUGGUACGAUGGGUCAUGUCAUUAGAGGAACUGUAGUGAUGAAGGAUGGCGAAGUGAUUUUCCCUGCUCCCACACCGAAAAAUAUUCCUCAAGGGGCCCCAGUGAAACAGAAGACAGUGGCUGAGCUGGAGGCUGAAAAAGCAGCUACUAUUACGCCCUUCAGGAAGACGAUGACAUCGGCUUCUGUGUAUACAGCAGGUCUCACUGGGAUCCUGGGUUUGGGCCUUGCGGCUCCCAAUUUAGCCUUUUCCCAGAUGGUGACCACAUUCGGCUUGGCUGGUAUUGUGGGCUACCACACUGUCUGGGGAGUGACCCCUGCUCUCCACUCACCACUGAUGUCUGUGACUAAUGCAAUCUCAGGGUUGACUGCAGUUGGUGGAUUGGUGCUGAUGGGAGGACAUUUGUACCCCUCCACAACUUCUCAGGGCCUUGCUGCUCUUGCCACAUUCAUAUCCUCCGUCAACAUUGCAGGUGGCUUUCUGGUGACUCAGAGAAUGCUGGACAUGUUCAAGCGUCCCACUGACCCCCCAGAAUACAAUUACCUGUAUCUGCUCCCUGCGGGUACCUUUGUUGGAGGAUAUUUAGCUGCCCUCUACAGUGGUUAUAACAUUGAACAAAUUAUGUACCUGGGCUCCGGCCUGUGCUGUGUUGGUGCUCUGGCUGGACUUUCCACACAGGGAACUGCACGUCUUGGCAAUGCACUGGGCAUGAUUGGGGUGGCUGGAGGCCUGGCAGCCACCCUUGGAGGCCUAAAACCAUGCCCAGAAUUGUUGGCUCAGAUGUCUGGAGCAAUGGCCUUGGGAGGUACCAUUGGAUUGACAAUUGCAAAACGCAUCCAGAUUUCUGAUUUACCUCAGUUAGUUGCUGCUUUCCACAGUUUAGUGGGCUUGGCAGCUGUGCUUACCUGCAUAGCUGAGUACAUUGUAGAAUAUCCACAUUUCGCUACGGACGCGGCAGCUAAUCUCACCAAGAUUGUGGCCUACCUCGGUACUUACAUUGGCGGAGUCACGUUCAGUGGGUCUCUUAUUGCCUAUGGAAAAUUGCAGGGUAUCCUGAAAUCUGCCCCUCUCCUGCUCCCUGGGAGGCACCUGCUCAAUGCAGGCCUGCUGGCCGCUAGUGUGGGUGGAAUCAUCCCGUUCAUGGUGGACCCCAGCUUCACCACCGGCAUUACCUGUCUGGGCUCCGUGUCGGCUCUCUCUGCUGUCAUGGGUGUGACUUUGACGGCUGCCAUCGGGGGUGCUGACAUGCCUGUUGUCAUCACUGUGCUGAACAGCUACUCGGGCUGGGCGCUGUGUGCAGAGGGCUUCCUGCUCAACAACAACCUGCUGACCAUUGUGGGCGCGCUCAUCGGCUCGUCGGGCGCCAUCCUGUCCUACAUCAUGUGUGUGGCAAUGAAUCGCUCCCUGGCUAAUGUGAUUCUUGGAGGCUACGGUACCACUUCAACAGCUGGUGGGAAACCCAUGGAAAUUUCUGGCACACAUACAGAAAUCAACCUUGACAACGCAAUUGACAUGAUACGAGAAGCUAAUAGCAUUAUUAUUACUCCAGGCUAUGGUCUCUGUGCAGCCAAAGCUCAGUACCCCAUCGCUGAUUUGGUAAAGAUGCUCUCCGAACAGGGCAAAAAAGUCAGGUUUGGAAUUCACCCAGUUGCAGGCCGAAUGCCUGGUCAGCUUAAUGUGCUGCUGGCUGAGGCUGGGGUGCCAUAUGAUAUUGUGUUGGAAAUGGAUGAGAUCAACCACGAUUUCCCAGACACUGAUUUGGUCCUUGUAAUUGGAGCUAAUGACACUGUUAAUUCAGCGGCUCAAGAAGACCCUAACUCUAUUAUUGCAGGCAUGCCAGUCCUCGAGGUCUGGAAAUCAAAGCAGGUCAUUGUUAUGAAGAGGUCCUUGGGUGUUGGCUAUGCUGCAGUGGACAAUCCAAUCUUCUACAAACCUAACACAGCCAUGCUUCUAGGCGAUGCCAAGAAGACCUGUGAUGCACUGCAGGCGAAAGUUAGAGAAUCCUACCAGAAGUAAAAUAUAAAGAUCAAGCUGUUGCCUAACAAAGCCUCCUCUUCAUAUCUGGGAAUAGGCAAAUAAAUCAUCAACAUAUACAAACGAUAUGCAUCUGAAGCAAAGCUCCUGGAGAAGAAGGAAGACUCUGAAAAAGUCAAGCAAAAAUGAGAUUUUUUCAAGAGCAGCAGUCCCUCGAUUUUAAAAAAGGAUCGACCAUUCUGAAUGUCUUUCUCUGCAUAUUUUUUGUGUUAUGAAUUCCAAAAGUAUUUUACAAAAAAAGAAAGAACAGCCUCAUUUUUAGAUGUAAUCCAUUUGGAUUUUUUCAUUGUUCUUCAGUAGUCAGCAGUGUUUUAAGAAAUUAAGUCUUUAGGAAUUUGGGACUUAGAUUAUACAUGGAUCUGAAAUCUGACACAAUAUAAACAUUACAGUCCCCUGCAUUUAUGUUUUUUUGCAACAAAUGUGACUAAUUUGAAAUUUUUAUCAACUCGAGCAUAAUCCAAAUUAACCAUAUCAAAUUGGUUUCAAUUUUUCAGACUGUACUUUUGACUCUAUAUUUCAGGGGUGUGUUUUCUCACUUCUAUUUUAAUACAUUAAAGGACUAGAUAAUCUUUCAGAGAUGCUGGAAACAAAUCAUUUGCUUUGUAUGUUUCAUUAGAAUUCCAAUGAAACAUAUAAUAUGAAAUCAGUAUUAAUUGUGUUUUUUAAACCCCAUUUCCAAUUGGAGAUCUCUUUAAUUUCAAUCAGUUUAUAAUGAUGUGUAGUACUGUAUUAAGUGCACUUGAAUGGAAUUCAACUAUUUGCCUAAUAAAAUAAGUCCAUCAUGUUUGCAUGGU